CUCUUUUCUCUCUCUCUCUCCCUAUCUUCCUCGAUUCUUGUAAACUUGGAUUAGAAUAUUUCCUUUUUUAAUUUGUUCUUUCAUUUAUUCGAUUUCUGUUUACCUUUUUAGUACGAGAACAGAAAGUUUUAAAGAAAAGAGAAGUCUAAAACUUUAUUUCUUGGUUUGCUUGUAUAGCUAUAACACUUGCUUAUCGACUCAUGUAUAUAGCCUUGUUUCAUUGCAAACUUAGAGAACAUCAAGAAAUUAGCAAGCUUUUUGUCUCAAAUCCAAUUGGGCUCUUUUGAUUGUAUUCGAAUGGACUUGCAGUUGGUGAAAAAGAGCGUUCUUGAUUAUACUCAGAAAAAGAAAAGAUGGGUUGCUAUGUUGGGAGCUAUUGGUUUCACUAGUUAUGCUCUUUAUAGGACUUAUCACUUACCUUCAAUAGCUCAGAAAAGAAAAAGAAUUUCUAAGCUUUUAGGUGCUUUAAUAUCUGUCGCUGAAGUUAUUUCUGAUUCUGCUGAAACAAUUGGAGUCAUCUCUAAGGAUUUGAGAGAUUUUCUUCAAUCAGAAUCUGACCAAGUUCCCAAUAGUUUCAAGCAAAUUUGUAAAGUUACAAGGUCUUCUGAGUUUUCUGGAUCAGUAAUUAGCCUUACUCAAGCCUUAACCUUGGGAAUUUUGCGCGGUUAUCAAUCCAGUGCAAGAAUUAAUCAUGAUGCCAAUGCCAAUCCCAAUUCGAGUUUCUUGGAUGAUGUUUUUGAUAAGCUUUCAACUCCUGCAGGGUCUGGUCUUGUUUCUGUUGUUGUUGGAAGCUUUGCUAGGAACUUGGUGAUGGCUCUGUAUCAAGAAGGGAAUUCUAGUGGAGGGGAGAAUUCAAUUUCAGAAUUCAAUGCUGCUGAUACUAAUGAUUCUGCUGGUUUGGAAAUGACUGCUGUUACGAAAUGGGUCGAUGUUGUAUGUGGCAAUAAGUGUAAAGAGCUUAUUGGUGAUUGUAUUCAGUUAUUUGUCAGCACAGCUGUUGCUGUUUAUCUUGACAAGACUAUGCAUAUCAACACUUAUGAUGAAAUAUUUGCAGGAUUGACUAAUCCCAAGCAUGAAAAGCAAGUGACAGAUGUCAUGGUAUCAGUCUGUAAUGGUGCAAUACAGACUCUUGUCAAGACAUCUCAUGAAGUUUUAACAAAUGCUGAUUCGGGAGCCAAUUCAAGAUCCGCUUCUCCUGUCUUGGCUAUUGAUCAAGGAGGAGGUGUAUCAGAGAGAGAAUUAAACGGGGAAGAAGAAGCAUUUUAUAAUGAACCAAAUAGAAGGAAGUCAUUCGAUGAAGCUGAGGAUGGUGGCUGGGUUGGUAAAGUAUCAUCAACUUUAGCAGUACCAAGCAAUAGGAGGCUUGUUCUUGAUGUGACUGGGAGGAUUACAUUUGAGACUGUUAGAUCUUUCUUGGAAUUUUUGGUGGAGAAGCUUUAUGGUGGCUUGAAAAGCUGUGCUGAUAUUGUUCAUGAAGCUGUUGUUGACAGUGGCCUAGGAAUUGUGAGAUAUGUUACUGCAAAAUCCUCUGUAAUUGUAACUGUAUGUCUUUCUUUGUGCUUGCACAUAUUGGAUGGUGCUUGGGUUAUGGUGCCAGCCUAAGUCAUUAAAUCAUAUCUCCUUAAUGGUCAUCUCUGAUUGUCUUCACCACAAUACUGUUGUUUGAAAGAUCCAUUUACGUCGUGGAGUUUCUUUGGGCAGCUCAAAUCCAUUUCCUAUAUCAGCUUCUGUAAAAAAUAUAUAAUAUUACAUAAUUAAUGGAAUAAUACUUUUGAACAUAUAUAGGCUGUUUCUCUUGCUAAGCAUUGAUGAAAUUCUAUUCUUUGUUGGACAUCAAGGGAAAAGGUGUGGAAAAGGGAAGUUGUAUUUGUUUAAGGCACAUGAUCUUUGAGGCAUUUAGUGGGUUGAGCAGAUAAUAUAACUGAAGAAGUUUGUGAGGAAUAGAAGCAACCCUUCAAUAGCCUCCAUUUUCACUCGUGCAACCUGGAGGCGCAAGUUAUUGAUGCUUUAUUGUACUUCUAUUAGUUCGACUACUGACGUAGGAACACCUGAUUGUAUACUAUGUAAAAUGUACAAUCAUUGAUUUAUCUACAAAGGUUCUUGGGUUUCCA